ACACACACACAAACAAUUUUAUCUUGAACGAAAAGAGGAUUUAACGUCAAUUAACUGUGCUAAUUGUUGGUCACGAUUCAAGUAUCUGGAUCGAUUCCGAUAAAUUUAAAGAGAAAAAAAAAGAAAAAUUUACGUUCGAUGUAUUAUUAUCGGUUAUUCGAUGUGAAGAUUUGCUUCAAUUUAGAAUGAUCGGUGAUCGGUGAUCGUUACUUAGUUGUGUAUGAUUCACAAAAAGAAUACAUAUUACGGAAUGUUGGUUACAAAUUAGAUGCGGCAUUUGGCAUCAAAGUGAACGUGGUUGUUUUAUUUAUUCGAUUGUUUUUGUUGUUAUUUGUGUCGUGGAAUCAGUGGGAAAUUCUAAAUAUAAACAAAAUAUGCAUUGUUAUUUGAAAUUGUCGCAAUUGUUGGCAACCAUCGCCAAGUAAUAAGACAUUAUUAUGGCAUUUGCUGAUUCAGUUAUUUCACAAAAUUAUGUCGUAAUUUAAUUCUUCAGAUUGUGUGUUGUAUUUGUUUGGGUUGCGAGAGAGCAAAAAAAAAGGAACGCGGAAUACAGAACACAGAACAUGAAAACAAAACAAUGACAGAAUAAAUGGAAUGGGAAGGCAAAAAAGGUCUUCGACAAUGUCUUAUAAGACGCGAUUUUGACGAAAAAGAGAGCGACAGAGACAGAGACAGAGACAGAGAUGGAGAGAGAGCGGGAAAAAUAAAAAACAAAUUCAUGUGCAUAAAAUAUAAAUACAUUUGCACCGAAUGUUUAUUUGCAUAGUCUCACAUGGAAAGACACGCUGAGCGAAUAUAUAAGCCACUUGACUUUCAUAUUUUUGUCGAUUCAAAUAUCUUUGAAUUCGAUGUUUUAUUUUCGUACAUCGGAGGCACGUACCGAAAGCAUUUAUCCAUGUGAAUGACUAAUGAAAUACUGAAAAAAGUGUGUGCUGUUGCUUUUUGGUUCAAAUAUAUGAAAUGAACACACGGACUGUAUGCGCAUUUAUUACUUACUCUUCUUUAUUAUUCUGCUUCUUUAUUUGUUAUUAUUGUUAUUACUCUUUUUUUUUACUAUUCCAUACGCUUGUUCGAGCGCUAUUUUCGUGUUUCUUUCUUUCUAAAUUCAUCCAUAUUUAUUUUAUAUAUUGUGUGCUUGUACCGCUAAUAGCAUCUUAUAAGGUAAGUGAGUGAGCGAACAAGCAGGCGCGGGCGCGCCUGCGCGUACACUCACAUUGCGCAUAUUUUACAAACACACACACACACACACACUUCUUGUGGCUGGCUAUAGUACGCUCCUAUUUGAUUUAGAAGAACCACCAUCAUCAUCAACAUCACCACUAUCAACAUGUUCUCAAUUUAAUCUCAAUCGCAGACACUGUUCGAAACGAUGAAGUACUUCUUAUGAAUCUUUGUUGUUGGUUUUUGUCUGCUUUGCUCUCUUCGUCUAAUAGUGCCAAAAGAAGAACGGUUUCUGGUGUUUUCUCGCAAAUUAAAAUCUAUUUGGUAUAAGAUUUCUUACGUUGUUGUUGAUGUGUGCAUUUGAUUUACAUGCGGAGGCUUAAAUUACUGUUUUUUUUUUAAUUCCAUAGUGGUGUCGUUCUUCAAAGAAUAUAACGUGUCUGUCUGUCUAUUUAAUUUUUCGCUUCUUCUUCAUUACUCAUCAUGAUGUGCGCAAUUAUUUUCAGUAGAAUGAUGUAAUGAUCAGAAGAAGGUGAAGUGAGAAGAGCAACGUACCCAUAAAACUGUCCCAUUAUUGGAAGAAGUUGCACUAUUGAACUGUCCCAUCAAAGAACGAAUUCCUGAAAUCAGAGUUUAUUUCCGUAGUGCGUCAAAGAUUUGCCUGUCUGUUUAUCACUUACAAACUUAUUCGCAAUAAAUAAUAAAGAGGGCGAUAUCACCACAUUAGCACAUAUCGUAGAUAAGCUUCCCUUUCUCCGUCGAUGAAGUUUUACGGCCAAUGAGCUCGAUACAUCAACCAUCGCUUUUAAUGCUAAUUCAUCAAAAUUCAAUUUAGUAAUGAGAGUUUGAGGCACACAUUUAGAAAGCUGCAUUCAACAUGGGGUUACGACGACCUGGUGUAACGAAAGACUAUGAAGAAAUGCCCGGUGCCAAUGUACCGAUGCCAUCGAAACACAUUCAUCACAGUCAUCUUCACAAUCAAAUCCAUUCCAGUAGUCCACAUUCGCAUCGCAAUACUCAAGCCGGCGAUCUGAACGUUUGCCAAGACUUGGAAAUGUCAUCCGUUAGUGUUGUUCCUGAUGAUACAUACACGGUAACGCAAGCAGUGAAUGCACUCGGAUUUGGUUGGUUUCAAGUGAAAUUGUCAUUAUGCGUUGGCUUAUGUUGGAUGGCCGAUUCAAUGGAAAUGACCAUAUUGAGUGUUCUUGGGCCAGCCCUUCAAUGUGACUGGGGCAUUACUCGAUAUCAACAAGCGCUCACCACGACUAUUGUCUUCCUCGGAAUGAUGAUGAGCUCAACGUUUUGGGGGCAGCUCAGCGAUCGAUGCGGUCGAAAACCGGCUCUCACACUUUGCGGAAUACUGUUGUUCUUAUACGGGUCUUUAAGUUCGUUAGCGCCAAGUUUUGCAUGGUUACUUUUGUUGAGAGGUCUUGUUGGUUUUGCCAUUGGAUGUGUACCGCAAUCCGUUACUUUAUAUGCAGAAUUUCUUCCAACGAAACAACGGGCCAAAUGCGUAGUUCUCUUAGAUUGCUUUUGGGCAUUGGGUGCGUGUUUUGAAGUCGCUCUCGCAUUGGCAGUUGCACCGACUUGGGGCUGGAGAUGGCUGCUGGGAUUAUCAUCAGCACCUUUGUUCAUAUUCGCCUGCAUUACACCCUGGCUUCCCGAAUCAGCACGGUAUCACACAUCAAGUGGAAAACUUGACAAAGCGUUGUUAACUCUGGAGCAAAUCGCAAAAGAUAAUGGACGACCAAUGUUGUUGGGUCGAUUAGUUGUCGAUGGUCCAACUGGACCGCGUGGCAGUGUAAAAGCUCUUCUAAGUCCAACACUGCGUCGAACCACAGUGCUAUUGUGGUUUAUUUGGAUGUCGUGUGCAUUUUGCUAUUAUGGCUUGGUGCUUAUGUCAACAGAAUUGUUUGGUGCUGCAAAUAUUAACGAUAUGAACGGAGAACCUGGUGGUUGUCGGCAAUUAGCUACAACUGACUACAUGGAUUUACUAUGGACAACAUUGGCCGAAUUUCCAGGGAUUUUUGCGACUAUAUUUAUCAUUGAAAAAUGCGGCCGCAAGAAAACGAUGGCAUUCCAAUUUCUAUUAUAUGCCGGAUGUGUUACCAUGCUCACCACAACUGGAGAAAGUCGAACGGCAUUGACAAUAAUACUCUUCUUGGCACGUGGCGUGAUUGCUGGAUUGUUUCAAGCAGCUUAUGUGUACACACCGGAGGUGUAUCCAACCGCAUUGCGUUCAGUUGGUGUGGGCGGAUGUUCAGCAUUGGCGAGAUUAGGUGCAAUGGCCACACCGUACGUUGCACAGGUUCUACUGCAAACAUCUUUAUCGAGCGCCGUUACUGUGUACGGCAUUUUCGCUGUGUCAGCCUGCAUAGCAUGUUUGCUCUUACCAUACGAAACAAGAGGUUCAGAUCUGGCUACAUAGUUAGAAGAAAUAAACAUUCACAUUACUCACUAUCAUCGAUCGGUGCUUUCAAUUAAUUGUGUGAUUUGACAUUGAAUUGCGAUUUAUCAAUUCAAACGAACUAGAAUAUCAAUAUUUAACAUUUUUCUUUGUACUAAUUAAUGUAACGUCAAAUCGAUACGAAAGAUUCAAUGAAGAAACGGAGAAAAAUUUACUAUUUUUCUUCUAUUCUAAAAUUAUUCAUGAGCAUAGGGAACAAGAACAAGAGAGAAUUUAAGCGAUUUUGAUUGUAAAUAUUUUUUAUACAUUUAUUUCGUAUUUAUUUUUUUUUUUACUAUGUCAAAUUUAUACUGUUGAUAUGACUGAUUUGCGCUUAAGUACACGAGUCGCCAUUCAUUCAGAACAAAA